UAAACCACACCAAAAGCCAAAGUACUCUCACAAGCCAAUGGAGGGCUCUAUCAUUUUCUUACUAUCCCUUCUCUUAUUUUUCACUCUAGCCAAAGGGCUAACCAACCCCAAAUGUGGCAGCAGCUUUCCCCAAGCAGACAAAGGCUCAACACUACAAGUCCUACAUGUGAACAGCCCUUGCUCUCCUCUUAGGAACAAUGCUCCCCAGUCAUGGGUUGAUACUGUCCUCCAAAUGCAGUCCAAAGACCAAGCCAGACUUGAUUUGUUUGCUAGUCUUGUGGCUGGGAGAUCUUUUGUUCCAAUUGCUUCGGGAAGACAAGUUAUACAGAGCCCAACUUACAUAGUGAGGGCCAAGAUUGGAACCCCACCUCAAACCUUGUUGGUUGCUGUGGAUAAUAGCAAUGAUGUUGCUUGGUUCCCUUGCAGUGGUUGUGUUGGUUGCUCCUCUACUGUUUUUGCAUCAGACAAGUCCACCACUUUCAAGAAUGUUAGCUGUGGAGCUGCACAAUGCAGCCAGGUACCAAAUCCCACAUGCGGUGGCAGCAGCUGCGGCUUCAACCUAACCUACGGCGGCUCCAGCAUAGCUGCAAAUCUCUCACAAGACACAUUGACACUCGCCACUGACGCCGUGCCUUCAUAUACCUUUGGUUGUGUACAAAAGGCCACCGGCAGCUCCGCGCCACCCCAGGGGCUAUUAGGUUUGGGUCGAGGCCCAUUGUCAUUUUUGUCCCAAACCCAAAGCCAUUACCAGUCUACAUUCUCCUACUGUUUGCCCAGUUACAAGUCUCCCAACUUUUCCGGCACACUCAGGUUGGGCCCAAAUGGCCAGCCCAAAAGGAUUAAGACAACUCAAUUGCUAAGAAACCCAAGGAGAUCUUCCUUUUAUUAUGUCAACUUGGUCGGAGUUAAAGUCGGCCGGAGAAUCGUUGACAUCCCUCCCAGUGCUUUGGCUUUCAACCCUUCCACCGGUGCCGGCACCAUAAUUGAUUCGGGAACGGUAUUCACGAGGCUAGUGGAGCCAGCGUAUACGGCAGUGAGGAACGAGUUUAGGAGGAGAAUGGGAAGGAACACGACCGUGACAAGCCUUGGCGGAUUCGACACUUGCUACACCGUCCCCAUUACAAUUCCAACAAUAACGCUGAUGUUUGCGGGCAUGAACGUGACGCUGCCGCAAGACAACUUCUUAAUCCGCAGCAGUUCCAGCAGUACAACUUGCCUCGCUAUGGCUGCUUCCCCAGCCGACCCUGUCAAUUCCGUCCUCAACGUCAUCGCCAACUGGCAGCAACAGAAUCACCGCUUCCUCUUUGACGUUCCUAAUUCUAAGCUCGGCGUUGCUCGUGAAACCUGCAGCUGAAGUACUGCUUUUGGAUUUUAAUGGGAUUUUCUCCUUUUGGCUCUUUCCGUUUUUUCUUUUUUCUUAACGUGGGGAAUUAAUUAAUUAUUAGAGAUAGUUUUCACGGUUUGGCACUUUGAUAUUGUCGGUGCAUUUUGCUGUUUUGGAUUUAUCUUAUCUGUGUCACGGGUUGAAAGUUACUACACCUGUUUCCAACUAUUAUCCUCCUAUUUAUUUCUUGGUUUCCCCACCUUGAAGGAAAACAGAAAAUGAUUGCUCGUCCAUUCCAGUU